AUGGCCGACUUUUCCGAAUUCACGGGCCCAAGUGCAGAAUGGCUUGCUUUGGAGGCUUCACUACCUCCACAGCCUGUUCUACCUGUAGAGGAACUGCAAAGGGCGGUUAACGGUGUUCGUGAAAACGCUGCAGCUCAGGCUAUGAUCAACGAAGAUCUUGUCUCUCGAGUCCAGAUCCAAGAUCAUAGUAUCAUUGCUCGCGACGGGAAUACUCUCGCGGCACGAAUAUACCGCCCUGCUAGCUUGCCUCUGUCCCAUCCACUUCCGAUAUACAUACAUUUUCAUGGUGGAGGUUUCCUUUUCGGGACCCUCUCUUCCGAAGAUGCCUCUUGCUCUCGCCUCGUCACCAGACUAACCGAGCGAGGCACUCCCAUCAUUGUAUUCAAUGUCAACUACCGCCAUACACCGGAGUGGCGUUUUCCAACGGCCUGGAACGACACGGAAGAUGCUUUCAUCUGGGUCCAUAAGAAUAUCGCACAGAUCGGGGGACUCAGUGACCAGGUCUUUGUGGGUGGUAUAUCGGCCGGGGCCCAAUUAGCUGCAAGUUUGUGUCUUGCAAAUAGCAGCGACGGCGCCAACGAGGCUCUAGCCGCCUGUCCCAAGAUUCAAGGUCAGGUUCUGAUGAUACCUUGGCUUGUCCAAUUAGAGCAUUAUGCUCCUCGACAGGAGAUGCUGCGUACGCCAGAGGUUUCGAGCUUGGUGCAGUGCGCCGAGGCGCCGGUCAUACCCAUCGAACGGAUCAAAUUGUUUGUGUCGCUGCUUGGCAGCGAUGAGGUUCAUACAGCGGGCAAUGAUCGCAGAUUGAAUCCAGGAAAUGCCACGGAGAAGGAAGUAGCGAAGUUGCCUCCGACGACUUUUGGUAUUGCUGGAUACGAUCCGCUGCGGGAUGAGGGCCUGUUUUAUGCAAAGCUUCUCAGCGAAAAUGGUGUGCCUACCAAUGUCAACGUCUUCCGUGGAGUUCCUCAUGGAUUCACACUCUUUGGGGACAAAAUAUCGGCGAGUAAGAGAUGGGGCGAGGUAAUGGCUGACGGCGUUUCCUGGGCAAUGGAAAUCCCAGUGGCUGGUCGAUUUGAGAUCAAGUCGGAUUGA